AGAGGUUGUUACGGUUGUCUUUGGGGUGGCUCACGAUUCGUUUUUAGACAGUUGGUUAACGUUAGGACAUUUUCUAAUUUGUUGUGUAAUGGGAAAUGUUUUCCUCCAGUUUACCAGAUAGGUUAUGCAAUUGUCACAACUAACAAACCGAAGCCUUGACCAGGCACUGAUUAAUUUGCCGGUGGUGCAGAGGGACACAACUGGAUAACGUUUCUGGUGCCGGCAGCUCAGACAUUGUCUAAAAACACUUCAGGGACUUAAAUACGAGCCAGGGAACAAGGCCAGUUUGUCUGAAAAUCCUCACAAUGUCUAAGACCCGAGAGUCGGUGAAGGUGGUGGUGCGCUGUCGGCCCAUGAACGAGAAAGAGCGUGCAGCCAACUUUGAGAGGGUGGUGCAGGUGGAUGUAAAGUUGGGCCAGGUGGCGGUGCAGAACCCCCGGGGGUCAGCAGCCCACGAGCACCCGAAGGUCUUCACAUUUGACUCAGUCUAUGACUCAAACUCCAAACAGGUGGACCUCUAUGAUGAGACCUUCAGGCCCCUAGUGGACUCUGUCUUGCUUGGUUUCAACGGGACCAUAUUUGCCUACGGCCAGACCGGCACAGGAAAAACGUACACUAUGGAGGGUGUGCGCAAUGACCCAGAGAAAAGGGGUGUAAUCCCUAAUUCCUUUGAGCACAUCUUCACACACAUCUCCCGUUCCCAGAACCAGCAGUACCUGGUCAGGGCUUCUUACCUGGAGAUUUACCAGGAGGAGAUCCGAGACCUGCUUUCGAAGGACCAGUCGCGCAGGCUGGAGCUGAAGGAGCGCCCGGACACGGGUGUCUACGUGAAGGACCUCUCCUCCUUCGUCACGAAGUGCGUGCGAGAGAUAGAGCACGUCAUGAACGUGGGGAACCAGAACCGCUCGGUGGGCGCCACCAACAUGAACGAGCACAGCUCCCGGUCACAUGCCAUCUUCGUCAUCACCAUCGAGUGCAGCGAGCUGGGCGUCGACGGGGAGAACCACAUAAGGGUGGGGAAACUGAACCUGGUCGACCUGGCAGGUAGCGAGCGGCAGACCAAGACCGGGGCCCAGGGGGAGCGCCUGAAGGAGGCCACCAAGAUCAAUCUGUCCCUGUCAGCCUUGGGGAAUGUUAUCUCUGCCCUGGUGGACGGCCGGAGCACCCACAUCCCUUACCGGGACUCCAAGCUCACCCGUCUGCUGCAGGACUCCCUGGGUGGCAACGCCCGCACCGUGAUGGUGGCUAACAUCGGACCAGCCUCCUACAACGUUGAGGAGACGCUGACCACGCUGCGCUACUCAAACCGGGCCAAGAAUAUCAAGAACAAGCCCCGCGUCAAUGAGGACCCCAAAGAUGCUCUGCUCAGGGAGUUCCAGGAAGAAAUAGCCCGGCUCAAAGAACAACUGCAGAAACGCUCAGGGAAGAAGAAGAGGAGGAGGAAGAAGAGGCUUGGAGAAUCUGGGGAGGAGCUAGAAGAGGACACGGAGGGAGAGACUGAGGAUGAUGACGACGACGAAGGUUUAGAAACGGGCGAUAAAGUGGGUGCGGAUUACUGGCGUGAACAACAGGACAAGUUGGAAAGGGAGAGGAAGGCCAUUAUGGAGGACCACAGUCUUGUGGCGGAGGAGAAACAGAGGCUGUUGAAAGAGAAGGAGAGGAAGAUGGACGCCCUCAAAAGGGAGCAGGAAGCGGGCGAGAUGCUGACUGCCAAAGUGAAGGCGAUGGAGAGUAAGCUUCUGGUAGGCGGGAAGAACAUUGUGGACCACACCAACGAGCAACAGAGAAUCCUUGAGCAAAAGAGACAGGAAAUCGCCGAACAGAAACGCAAAGAGAGGGAGAUGCAGCAGCAGGUGGAGAAUCGUGAUGAAGAGACCCUGGAGUUGAAGGAGACCUACAGCUCGCUACAGCAGGAAGUGGAUAUUAAGACCAAAAAGCUCAAGAAGCUCUUUGCCAAGCUGCAGGCUGUGAAGCAGGAGAUCAGCGAUGUUCAAGAGGAACACAUCAAGGAGAGACAGAACCUGGAGCAGACCCAGAACGAGCUGACCAGGGAGCUCAAACUAAAGCAUCUCAUCAUUGAGAACUUCAUCCCCACGGAGGAGAAGAAUAAGAUUGUGAACAGGGCUUUCUUUGAUGAAGAGGACGACCAUUGGAAGAUGAGGCCCAUCACCCGCAUAGAGGAUGAUCAGCAAAUGAUGACCAGACCAGUGUCGGCAGUGGGCUACCGGAGGCCCCUGAGCAAUCACGCCCGCAAAGCCAUGGUGAUGAAGACCAACAUCAGAUACAAGGCAGAGAACAUCCUGGUGCUGGACAUGGACAUGCCGGCCCGGACCACUAAGGACUAUGAGGAGCCUGUCAUUGCCCCCACGGUUGCCGCGGCGCUUGAGGACGCGCUGAGGGAAGAGCAGGAGAUCCAGGUGGAUGCAUCUGGUUUCCUGAGCAGCCUCGGGCCGACCCCACCUGCCAGUGGCGGGGUCCUGAAGAAACCCAAAUCUGGCCAACCUAAAACGGGUAAGAAGAUGGCCACGCCCACCUCUCGUACCCCCAGCUCUGCAUACAGCCCCUCCAGCCAAGGACAUCCUCUGUACCCACAAUCCCGUGGGCUUGUGCCCAAGUGA